AACCAGUGAGCCAUAAGCAUCCCUACCUUUUCCUUGAUCAGUUUAUUCACCUAGCCCCCCUCUCUCUCUCUCUCUGUUACCGUUGUAGGUUCUGGUUGCCUUUCAGCACCAAGAAUCUCCCAUUCUCUCUCCAUCAGUUCACGCUUUCCACCCUCCAUAUAUUACAACACAUUCCUCCAUUUAUUAAAAGUUUUCUCUGCAUCAUAUUCCUACACCUUCUCCCAUUAACGACGUAUACAAUCUACCACACUUGCCCACCUACGCAUAUAUAUUAUACACAAAAACCCCAAUUAACAAUCUCCCGAAACAGUUUCAGAUCAAGAAAUAGAAAACAUCAAUUUACCCCCUUUUCCCUUUCUCUUUUGUGACAUUCUCUCCCCUACUACAAGCAAAGCAACUCCCCACCUCUCUCUCUCUCUCUCUCUCUCUCUCUCUCUCUACCUUUUAUUAUUCCCUUCACUAUCUGUCAAACUUUUUUGGUUUCUGGGUUUCUGUGAUCUCAUAGAGAUCUGCUUCAAAAUGGGGGCUUCCCGAGGUAGUUACCCAAUUAACUUUGCGUACCCUCAUCUUCACAACCAAAUCGCUCCUACUACUUCCUCUGUAGCCACUGAUAGUAGCAGAAGUAGUAGUGACUGUGACUGUAGUAAUGAACUAAAGAUUAAAUCUUUGUUGUAUAAGAUGAUUUGGGAAUUUGGGUUGGGCUGUAUUCUUCCUCAAUCUCGCUCCAAAAAUCAGAGGGAGAAGAGAGAGAAGAAGAGUAGCAGCAAUUCAGAGCACAACAAGGCGUGGUUGCUUGCUGAAUCUGGCCCAGAUUUGACUAGUGCUGACCCACAAUCAGUGCACUCCUCUUUCAGGUUCAGUUUCUGCUCCCAAGUUGAACUCGAAUCGAUGAAUGUGGCUAAUCUCAAUCCCUCUUCUGCGACUGUCUUGAUGGUGAAUUUGGACAAUGGAUUGACUGACUCUCGUUCUCGUGAGCUAAAAUGGAAAAGAAUUGAGUCACUGGAGAGUAGUAUCUCUCCUGUGGCUCACACCUUGAUUAGGUUCUCCUAUGGUGAAAUCCUAUAUGCUACUCGCAAUUUUUCUAAAGGCAGGGUUUUGGGCAGAGGAGCAUUGAGCUGUGUUUUCAAAGGGAGAGUUGGGUUUUUGAGGGCCACUGUAGCGAUUAAGCGGUUGGAUAAGGAAGAUAAGGAAUGUUCAAAGGCAUUUUGUAGAGAACUGAUGAUUUCUAGUUCACUCCAUAACCCAAACAUCGUUCCUCUUUUGGGGUUUUGCAUUGAUCCUGAUGAGGGUUUGUUUUUGGUCUACAAAUAUGUAUCCGGUGGAAGCUUAGAGCGGUAUUUGCAUGACAAGAAGAGGGGAGUGAAGGGCGGUCCAUCACUUCCAUUUUCCGUGAGGUAUAAGGUUGCCAUCGGAAUAGCUGAGGCCAUCGGUUAUCUGCACAACGGAGCGGAGAGAUGUGUGGUUCACAGGGACAUUAAACCCUCGAAUAUCCUUCUAUCUUCUAAGAAAAUGCCAAAGUUAUGUGACUUUGGAUUAGCUACAUGGACUACUGCACCUUCGGUACCUUUCCUUUGUAAAACUGUGAAGGGAACAUUUGGUUACUUGGCCCCUGAAUAUUUCCAGCAUGGGAAGGUAUCUGAUAAAACUGAUGUCUAUGCCUUUGGGGUGGUCCUUUUGGAACUUAUAAGUGGGCGGAAGCCGAUCGGUCCAGGGGAAGAAAACUUGGUCGUGUGGGCAAAGCCACUGUUAGAGCAAGGCGCCAUCGAACGUUUAGUUGAUCCACAGCUCAAAUUCACUCCUAAAAACUCAAAACAAAUAGCCCGGAUGGUAGAAGCCGCAGCUGCCUGCAUAAACAGCGAAGAAUCCCGGAGACCUGACAUCGAUCAGAUUAUCACAAUAAUAAGAGGAGAACAAUCACUUAAUACGUCUACCCUGAAGAAGUCCUGCUUUCCAAGUAGCGGUAGCAUGAUUGGUAACCCUCUGUUUCAACGGACGAAAAGCGAGAUGAACAGUCAUUUAGCGUUGGCGAUGGUAGGAGUUUCAGAGUUUGAAGACGAUGAUCUUGUUUAUUGCCGGUGAACUUAGUCAAAUAAUCCUUCCAAAUGCUCUCUGCUCCCGCUCUCAAUCCCCACUCUUGCGGAUUUUAGUAUUCUGGGAUGUGUUUCAAAAACGCUUUCACCCUCUCACUCGCACACCCGCAUGCGAAUGAUGUGACUUAGCCGGUGAACAUAAACGCACAGAGCAAUCUUUUUUUUUCUUUGUUCUUUUGAUUUUUUUCGCCUCUGGUUUUAUUCUGUUGGUUGCGCACUUUGCGCGCAAAGUGUUGAUAUGAAAAUAGCUUCGAAGUUGUAUAUAGGAAUGGUUGUGUCGUGAGCGAUUUCUAGCUUGUUUACAGGUCUUCUUGCUUUCA